AAUAAAUCGCAACCGCCAAACCCUAUAAACAAUCAAUUGCCAAGGACAUCCAAACAAGCCCAAAUCUUCGGAAAUCUAUGGGAAAGACUGGAUUGGGAAAGGGGGAGGACGUUUGUCUUCUUCCUGGCAACGAUCGAAGAAAUCAACAGAGGAGUAGGGAGAUUCGCGCAACAUGGAGAUCUCUGGGGAAGGGAAGAAGUUUGUCCUCUCCUCUACCACCGAUUGAAGAGAAGCAAGGUAUUGCAGAGAGAUUCUUCACUGUCCAAGUCAAUCACUGUUCGAUCAAGCUUUGGUUGGGCUAUAAAAAGCCCUCUUGUUCUUCGAUUUUCUCCCCAUCUAGCAAAGUUUGGCAUUUACAUUGAGCAUUUGUAAGGGAAAUGACUGUACUGCUCCAGCAAUUUGAGAUUUGGAGGU